AAAACGGUCAGCUCUACGACCCGAAGACACAAACGCUGGAAGACUUUCUGAACAUAAGACUCGGUGAGGAUAUGCCGACAAUACAUGACGAUAAGAAACCCGAACGCGAUGUGAAGAACUUUCCCCGCGUUUUGCCGCCCAUAUGGCCCGACAGGACACGACUCUAUUUGCUGCCCGACUCGUGGUUUGAGUACUUCUAUAAGAAGACAGGAGUGACGGGUCCGUACGUAUUCGGUGUCACAUUCGGGACGUAUCUCUUGUCCAAAGAGUGGUUUAUCGUUGAGCACGAGAUCUUUACGGGCGCGUCGUUGGCCAUCCUUACGGCCGCCAUUUGUAUUAAAGCCGGUCCGGCCCUCAGGAAGUGGGGCGGAGAAGUGCAGGACGCGGAGGUAAACCUAUGGAAUGAAUGGCAGGACGGGAUGAAGAGUUUCCUCAACAAUCUGGUGGGCGUCGAGAAUGAGGCACAAGAGAGCGCUCGACAACACAAGAUCCUGUUUGACGCCAAACGCGAGAACGUGAAGCUCCAGUUGGAGGCAGAGUUCAGGCGCCGACAAAUGGUGGCCUACAGUGAGGUCCGCAAUAGACUGGAGUACCUGUUGGCCAAACAGGUGGCGGAGCGACAGUACCAACAGCAGCAUAUGGUCAACUGGAUUAUCGAUGGCGUCGCCAAAGGGAUCUCCGCUCCACAGGAGAAGGACUUCCUUCAGAAAUGCUUAACUGAUUUGAAACUCUUGUCGUCUAAACAUAAGAUUUCGUUGACUUAAUUAAAUGUCAUUCAAAAAGAUUAUUAUUAAAUUAGAUUUCAAAUUAAGCAUUAAAUUAGAAAAUUGUUUAACUAUUAAAAGUACGAUAAAGUGAA